CCACUGUAAUUUCUGGAGUCAGCAAGUAACAGAUUUAGCCAUGCUCGGAUUAAGCGUGAAUUGGAAACUGGCGAUAGAAUGUUAAUGAUAUGCCGGGACAAGCGGAGCCAAAUUCAACUCAGGCCCCACCAUUCACAUGAACAAAGAGGCAAAGGGGAGGGGGAGAGGAGGGAAACGAGGACACGUCUGUAACGGCACCACUCGUCUGUAAAUUCCUGUUUGUCUCUCGGUUUUCUGGUACGCUCCAUUCCUGUAGCACGUCUGCGUGCCUUUAUCACGUUACUGUGUGCUGUGUAGCUCAACGCGAGUCCCCAGUCACCGUGACCCGUUUUCUCACACUGGCCUGGCGUAACACUGAGGUGCUUUGUGAUUGUUGUGAGACGCACCGAUAAGAGUGGGAGGCGCAGUCAUUGAGGUAGUGUAGCGGUGACCCGGUGGUUUUGUUUGUCCAAGGAGCGGCGCGUCGUCGUUCUGCAAAUCACCGGCAUUGCUUCUCUGUUGCAGACUCCCGCCAGCUGAAGUGAAGUUUCCCUCUCGCUCCGAGAGACGGGUAUGUCUGUAGUGAGAAGUCUGUCACCGGACAGGUAACAGGUGUGUUGGUGCUGACAUGGCAAUACUGCAGCUCCUGUUUCCGAUCAUUGCCCUCCUCAUCGCCGGGGCAACCGCACAGGACCAUGAGUGGCACUUCAACUCAGCUCAGUGUCGUUACGCUCUGGGGAUGGAAGACGGCACUAUUCCGGACUCGGCCAUCACCGCCUCCAGCGCCUGGUCCGACUCGACCGAGGCCAAACACGGCAGGCUGAGUACCGGAGCGGGUGAUGGGGCGUGGUGCCCCAAGGGCUCGGUCUUCCCCCACGGCACUGAGUUCCUCCAGAUCGACCUGCGCUCGCUGUACUUCCUGUCUCUGGUGGGCACGCAGGGUCGCCACGCCGACGGGCACGGCCGCGAGUUCGCCCGCAGCUACCGCCUCCAUUAUUCCCGCGACGGACGCCAGUGGCUCACCUGGAGAGACCGCUGGGGCCAGGAGGUGGUGUCGGGGAACGAGAACACGUACGACGUGGUUCUGAAGGACCUGGGCCCGCCCAUCGUGGCCCGCAUGGUCCGCUUCUACCCGCUGGCCGACCGGGUCAUGAGCGUCUGUCUCCGCGUGGAGCUGUACGGCUGCCUGUGGAACGACGGGCUGAAGGCCUACACGGCCCCGGUGGGUCACGUCAUGCACCUGUCCGGCGCCCCCAUCUACCUGAACGACUCCACCUACGAUGGCAGCACCGAAGCAGGGGUGCAGUUCGGGGGUCUGGGACAGCUGUGCGACGGGGUCCUGGGAGGCGAUGACUUCACCGAGAGCAAGGAGCUGCGGGUGUGGCCCGGGUACGACUACCUGGGCUGGAGCCGGGAGGCGCUGGGGCAGGGCAGCGUGGACAUCGAGUUCCACUUCGAGAAGACCCGCACCUUCCACACCAUGCAGGUCCACAGUAAUAACAGGCACUCCCAGGGCGUGCGAGUCUUCAGUAAGGUGGUGUGCCAGUUCAAGGCGGGGCUGCUGUCGCCCUGGUCGAGCCCGCCCCUCACUCUCCAGGUGCCCCUCUCGGAUCUGAAGGACCCCUCCUCGCGCCCCGUCUCCCUCCCCCUGGGGGGGCACCCCGCCCAGAUCCUGCGCUGCCAGUUCGCCUUCGCCGACCGCUGGCUGCUCAUCAGCGAGAUCUCCUUCUACUCCGAGCCGUUCGAGGAGCCGCCUCAAACGGGCGAGGUGCCGCCCGUGGUGCCGCCCGCCCCCCCGACCACCUCGCCUCCGCCCACCAACGCCUCCACCACCCCUGCCCCCACCCCCACGGCCACCUCUCCCAAACACACCAGCGCCCACAGUGACCCCCCCACUACCUACCCAGCGAUCAACAGCACAGCCAACAGCUCGCUGUCAGGUGUGGAAUUUGCAGCCAUGACCCCAAGAGCAGGGUUACCAGUUGCCAAGGACGACAGCAGCAAUACAGCCAUUCUGAUUGGCUGCUUGGUGGGCAUCAUCCUCUUGCUAUUGGCUGUCAUCGCCGUUAUUCUUUGGAGGCAGUACUGGAAGAAAAUUCUGGGCAAGGCCCAGGGCAGCCUCUCCAGUGACGAGAUGCACGUCCACCUGUCGGUCCCCUCCGACAACGUGGUGAUCAACAACACGCACACGUACUCCAGCCGCUACCAGCGCAUACACACCUCCCCCGAGGAGCGGGAGCGGGACGCCGAGGGGGAGUACCAGGAGCCCAGCGCCCUGCUGCGCCCCCGCGAGGACCGCGACAGCACGGCCUUGCUGUUAAACAACCCAGCCUAUCACCUGCUACUGUCUGACCAGCGGCAUGACCCAACCUGGCUGCACAACUGCACCAGUGCCCAGGAAAAGACACACAAUGUAGCACCGCAGGCGUGUGGGUUUGACCUGGACGAGAAGGUCCCGCCCGCCCAGGAGGAGCCGCCCCCCUACCCGGGGGCCCCGCCCUACCCCCAGCUGCCCUCGGUGCCCCCGCCCCUCCUGCUGGCGUCGGGCCCCGCCAGCGUGCCGCACUACGCCGAGGCCGACAUCAUCAGCCUGCAGGGCGUCAGCGGCAACAACACCUACGCCGUCCCCGCCCUGUCGGCCCCCGCAGAGUGCCCCCCCCUCCCGGAGCUGCCCCGCCACUUCCUCGUCUUCAAGGAGAAGCUGGGCGAGGGGCAGUUUGGAGAGGUGCACUUGUGCGAGAUCGAGAACCCCCAGGACCUGCCCAACCUGGAGUUCCCCUUCAACGUGCGGAAGGGGCGCCCCCUGCUGGUGGCCGUGAAGAUACUGCGGCCCGAUGCCUCAAAGAAUGCCAGAAAUGACUUCCUGAAGGAGGUGAAGAUCCUGUCCCGCCUGAAGGACCCCAACAUCAUUCGGCUGCUGGGCGUGUGCGUGAGCAGCGACCCCCUGUGCAUGGUGACGGAGUACAUGGAGAGCGGGGACCUCAACCAGUACCUCUCCCAGAGAGUCCUGCUGGACAAGGCCGGGCCCUCACACAGCAGCCCCACCAUCAGUUACCCCGCCCUUAUCUCCAUGGCCAGCCAGAUCGCGUCUGGGAUGAAGUUCCUCUCCUCCCUGAACUUUGUGCACCGCGACCUGGCCACCCGGAACUGCCUGGUGGGCGGGGGGCGGGACGGGGAUCAGGAGAUCAAGAUCGCCGAUUUCGGGAUGAGCAGGAACCUGUACGCUGGAGAUUACUACAGGAUCCAGGGCCGCGCGGUGCUGCCCAUUCGCUGGAUGGCCUGGGAGUGUAUACUCAUGGGGAAGUUCACCACGGCCAGCGACGUGUGGGCGUUCGGCGUGACCCUGUGGGAGAUGCUGAGCGUGUGCCAGGAGCAGCCGUACUCCACGCUGACCGACGAGCAGGUCAUCGACAACGCGGGGGAGUUCUUCAGGGACCACGGGCGGCAGGUGUAUCUGACCCGGCCGGCCGUGUGUCCCCAGGGUCUGUACGAGCUGAUGCUCAGCUGCUGGAACCGGGACUGCAAGCUCCGCCCCGCCUUCGCUCACAUCCACUCCUUCCUCACCGAGGACGCCAUGAACAUGGUGUAGAGAGAGGAGAGCGAUUCCCCCCCCAUCACUCCUGAGAGAGAGAGAGAGAGAGGGAGGGAGAGAGGGAGAGAGAGAGAGGG